UUGUAAUAAUAUACUAGUACACACAAAUGGUAGCUGGCAGCUGAUGGUACAACCAUUGUUACAUCAUGAAUAGCUACAAAUUAACACUAAAAGUACAUUCAUAGCUGAAGCAGAAAGCCUAGUAACAUGGCUUCCAAUGUUAGUCGAAGAACUAACAAAAAGUCUAACUCCAUUAAGAAAGGGGACGCUACUUCUAACCAACCAAAGACUAAGAAAAAAUCCCACCCGGGAAAAGCCAAAUAUCUAGUCAUAUGUUUAGCCUUAAUCGCCGUUGCUGUUUGCUUUAUAUAUUUUUAUCGUAGCUCUGAAAGCAAACCUUUAAUGAAGUCGGACUCUCCAAAACAAAAAGGCAAACGAAGCUCCAAGUCUACAACAUCAACAGACAAAACACGUUCGCCAACAAAAGAUGAUGCCAAAGAAAUUCCACCAGAAUUAAAGGAUUUUAACGCAUCAAUCCAAAAAGAAUUCAAGAUCACUCCCAUCAAGAUCGAAGGACAAACCCUUAAGUUCCAAGAGCUGAAGUCAAACUUAAGUAGCAGCGUUAGAGCAUAUGUUAUUGAGAACUUCCUGAGUGACUUUGAGUGCGACAACCUCAUGAGGGUCCACAAGAAAUACCUUGAAAUAUUCUCAAAGAAUGAUCCAAUAUUGUGUUUUGACAGUCUCCCGACACUUAAAAAAAACUUGAAAGAAUUAAAGCUCAAAUAUAAAGUAUCCAAUAAAGAUUUUAUUGUUGGGACUACGUGCUUGAAUGAAUCAUUUUCCAGUCAACUGAAACCUCAUUUCAAGUGGAGUUACAGCACAGCCUUUUAUCCCGGAGAAAAUAAGUUUUCUACGGCUUACGCAGAGAGGAUACAAGAUGCGACGGGAUUGAAACAACAAAAUGGCGGGAAAUUCCAGAUUACGUCUUAUCCCAUUGGUGUUGGUUACAAAAGUCACACAGACUGCAUAGUGUAUGAGAAAGGAAAAGGAGAGCUGCGAGAUCGUUACGCAACUGUUCUGGUGUACUUACAAGACGUUGAAGAAGGUGGUGAGACCGAGUUUCCUCUCCUGGGUAUCAAAGUCAAACCCAAAAAGGGACUGGCGCUAGUCUGGAACAGCAUGGAUCAGGACGGGAAUUGCGAGCCAUUAUCGCUACAUGAUGCCAAGAAAGUUAAAAAGGGCCACAAAUACAUCAUACAAAGAUGGUACUAUUACAAGAGCUUCCUGACCCUUGGCAAACGGCCACCGGAACCGUCCCUUCCUAAACGUAAACGAGAACAACCUAGAGUCUCUUGCGAUGAAUAUGAGCAGGGUAGCUGUCGUUGGUACGACGAAUGGAACUACGAUCACAUCAAAGAAUACGCCGCUAAUGUCAGAAACAUGGCGUAAAAUCAGCCACUUAUGAUCAACUAAAUUAUCGCUUUGUCUUUUGUUAAUCCCUCGUUAUUCUAAGUAACAACGUUUGGGCUAAAUAUGAACAAAACACUCUUGAAGCUUCCCGUCAUAUUUCUGUAAAUCUGUCCGUUUUAGUUUUUAAAUCUCAUUCUUUACUAAAAGCCGCUCUAUGAUGCUAGCUCAGGUGUCACUCUAAUUCAUAGUUUUGUUUGAAAAACUUAAAUGAGAAUGGCAAACAAAUGCAUGUGUUUUAUUGUUAUGCAAAUUUUUUUGAUAAUAGCUCUUGAAAAAUAGGUUCUCGAUUCUACGACCUAUCUAUAAGCAUAUUGAUUUAUUCGAUAAAUUUAACUCUUGCUGCAAGAAAACUCGUUUUGUGGAAAAGUCUUUACUAAAACGACAAGUUCUAGCAAUUUAAGCGACGCAGAAUUGAAGCUCUACGUUUCAUUUUAAAUUUUGCUCCGGACGCUAUCGUCUUUUUAGGCUAGUCUUUCCUAGAACUUUCGUCUUUCGCGUAUUAUCAAGCCUGUCCGUCCUAUCCUGGAUUAUCCUUUCCGGUCUACACGUUGUCGUAAUAUUGACUUUAGUCGUCUUACAUUAAGCUUUAAAACUGGUCAAUUUGCAUAAUAGUAAGGAAACAAUCAUUUACAGGCGCCUUCAGCAUGACACAUGCUGGAAACCAAAAACUCAAACACCCAAAGACCAAUAAACAUUCAGCUUAUUUAUCUUGACAUUUUCAUCAACCACGUUUCGUAUUGUUUCCUAGAACAGUUGCCAGUCCUGAAGGCACUGACUGGGUUUAUGCAAGCUAAAGGCUCUUAUAUAUUUAUUUU